AUGGAUUCAAAUUACGUUGCUUCUUCGCCGGAGAUGGCGGUGACGGAAAACGAAUCAAUCGCGUUGCAGCUUCUCUGCGUCGUCUUCAUAUUUCUCUUAUACGGCUCGAUUUUUCUCCUCUGCUUCGUCAUGUACCCGAAGCCUUCGAAGGAGGCGAUCGGCGAUGAGGAAGCCGGUGAACCGUUGCCGCCGGCCGUAAGACUAACGAAAACCGAUGCGAAAUGCGGCGGCGCCGGAGCCAGAGACGGGAUCAGAGCUGAUCUGUGCGUGAUCUGUUUGGAGGAUUUUCAAGUAAACGACGUCGUUAGGGUUCUGGUUAGGUGCAAGCACGUGUUUCAUGUGCCGUGUAUAGACUCAUGGUGUUCCUAUAAGCUGACGUGUCCGGUUUGCAGAGCACCGUUUCAAUGGUUCGGUGAUUGUUAG